AUGCUUAGUGCUGCAGCCAACCAGUGCGGACAGGGUCUUGGCAUGGUCGUGGUUGGAGGUGGGAGGGUCGGAGCCUCGGAUGUCCUUGAUGACUCGAAGGUGGGAGUUACCAAGGCGGUCCCAGUCGGGGCAGUGAGGAUGUGGCUUGUGGAGGGCGGAGCCCAGUGGAGACAACUUGAGAGACGCAUCGUGCAGCUCGUUCCCGAAAUGGUGGAAGAAAGACACAAGCUCCCCGGUGGUGCGCGGCGUCCGCUGGGUGAGGCAGUUGAGGUAAGAGGACAGCGUCAGCAGGGGACCCUCGCCGCCGCAGGUGGGAGAGAGGAUGGUGGAAAUAUGCUUGCCAGUUUCGUGAGGUUUAGGCAAAUCUUCCUUUGUGAAUCCCAUGUUGACACGGCUCUUGAGGCAGAUGUUGCGCGGGUCGAAGGGAUGCGUCUUGAGCUUGGAGUUGGGGGCGUCAGUCAGGAAGGCCUGGAGGGGGGACGGAGUCUUGGCAUCUUGGCCAUAUUCACAAUCCUGCCAUCCACCCUCAGAUGCCUUCCUAGAACACUGCGCCUUUAG